AUGCCUGCCGGUGGCUGCACACUGCUCAGCGUGAUGCCUCUGCCUAUUCUUCUUAACACGGUGUUGGGCUUCCAGCUGUGUCCCAGCCACUGCCUGUGCUACGAAUCCUCCGACCUGGUGGAUUGCCAGUCUCGUGGUCUGGUCCAGGUACCCCCCAGUGUCCCCCAUGGCACCUGGCUGCUGGACUUGAGAGGGAACAAGAUGACUGAGGUACGCACCGGAUCCUUCAUAGGGCUGUGGUCUCUCAAGGUCCUCCUGAUGUCCAACAACAGCAUCCAAACUCUGCAGCCACAGUCCACCUUUCAGUCUCUGUCAUCACUGCAGUUUCUGGAGAGGCUGGACCUGAGUUUUAACCAGCUGCGUUGGCUCCCUCUGGCCUUCUCUCAGAGUCUGUCCUCCCUCCAGGAGCUCCGGCUGGACCACAACCUGCUGCAGCACUUGGACUCUGCUUCACUGAGUGAGUUUGAAAACCUGAGGAAACUGGACCUCAGUUACAACCGCAUCCGGGCCAUGGAUGUCAGGGCUUUCAGCAGCCUGGUUCGACUGAGCCUCCUCAACCUGGAAGGAAACCGGCUGAAUGUGCUUAAAGAUGGCCUGUUGAGCAGGCAGCAAAGCCUGGAGGUGCUGCUGCUCAGCCACAACAACAUCUCAGUGAUAGAGCCGGAAGCCCUAGCUCCUUUGCGGAGUCUGACCCUGCUGGGUCUCCAGGGAAAUCAGAUGGUGCACAUCAGAUUCAAGACCUUCAUGAAACUCCAGACCACCACCACCCACCUUCAGAUGUCCUCCAACCCAUGGACCUGCGACUGUGAGCUCCAGCGCGUCUUCAGCAAGAUCCAGCAUGUUCGACGACUGCACGUGUUCGACUACAAGGAUAUCGUCUGUCAUGCUCCUGCUCAGCAAGCCGGGAGCUCCCUGGCCUCGCUGGACAGCCAGCUGUGUAUUGCUGAGACGGCAUCUGUGCUCGUCAUCACCAUCACCGUGAUGCUCGCUGUGAUUGGUGCCCUGGUCAAAGCAGAGCACAACCGCAAGAACAAACAAACUGUAAGUGAUGCAGAGUCAGAGAGACAAGAAAAAUGAUGUUUUAUUCAUGACCAGGUGUUCUGAAGACUGAGAUGUGGGCUGGUACUGGAUGUUGUUGCACAAUAGGUUGUGAUCAACCACACAAGAUUAUGUUUUAAUCAGCCCCUAGACAACAUGGUCUGACUUCAAUUCUAUACAUCACCGUGGUGGACGAGGUAUUUAGAUCCUUUAUUUAUGUAAAAGUACUAAUACCUCACUGAAAAAAUACUCUGUUACAAGUAAAAUUACAGCAUUGAAAAUGUUACUUAAGUAAAAUUAUGUAAGUAUAAUCAGGAAAAUCUCCCUUGUGAAUGUUAUACUAAUGUUAAAUCAUGAGAUUAUUAUUACUCUAAUCCAACUAUUUUGUAUCAGACUGCAACUAAUAAUUAUUUUCAUUAUAAAAUCAUCUGCUGAUUAUUUUCUCCAUUGAGCGAUUGUUUAUAAAAAUUUUGAAGAUAGUGAUGGCGUCAGUUACCCAGAGCCCAAAGUGACACCUUCAUUAUGCUUUGUUUUGUCCAACCUUUAACAUUAUUAACACUACAUUCAAAUUAUUAAAAUAAAAAGCAGCAAAUCAAAGAAAUGUUUUUUAACAUGAAAAAUUUAUUCAACAAUCAAAAUAGUUGUCAAUUAAUUUUCUGUCAAACGAUUAAUCAUUUCAGCUGUACUUGUAUAAACUGUUGGGGAGUUUAAUUUAUAACAAAACAUCAUAUUUUAUAAACUCUUCAUAUGUUUUGUGUGUAAAAAGCUUAAUAUGUCAAGUAACCACUAAAGCUGUUAGAUGAACGUAGUGAAAUAAAAAGUACAAUUUCUCCCUUUAAAUUGUAGUGGAGUAGAAGUAGAAAGUGGCAUGAAGAGAAAACACUCAAGUAAAGUACAGGUACCUCAAAUGUAUACUGAAGUACAGUACUUCAGUAAAUGUAUUUAGUUACUGUCCACCACUGCCUUUUAAAAAUUUCUUUGAAUUACCUUGAUUUCCUGCUAUGUCUAUGCCUGCAAUGAGAGAGGAGGGAAAAGAUAAAAAGUACAGAAUAGCCCUUUAGAAGGAGAGAAAUUUGUUCCUUCCAGCUCUAUAGGUUUGCAACAACAAACAAUACGAUUACCUUUAAAAUUUGCACACACUUUUAAACGCCCGAGGUCCAAUAUUAAUUUUUAAUAUUUGGAAAGGGCUUUGCU